CACACAUUGCUGCUAUCAGCGGAGGUGUCGGUCAGUCCCGCUGCAACGAACAGCGCAGGUGGAUGUACACUAACAACCGGCUCAUAUAAUUGUCGAUCUCGUUGGUUGUUUAUUUGUUUAGUUUUUCAUUUGGUUCGUUAUCAUUUCAGGGAAGUGAAGAGUGCGAUAGGAAAGCCUAGUGUGUUCUUCAAUUCACAAGACGGAUUCUUUUAGGAACAUUCCAGAUUGGGGCUCAGGGUGCGAAACCCUAGAGAGAAGGAGAUGAUUCCUCUUACUGUGUGAGGGAAGAGACAAUAAAAUCAUCGUUUAAGAUGAUGCCCAAGCAGCUGGCCAGGACCUCCCCAGGGAGUGUGUGUUCCCUCCGAGGGACCAGUGUCCCGGGGUCCCCAGCGGCCGCCAUCGUGGCCAGGAUGGAUGAUGGGGUGAUAGGUUAUAAGGACUUGGCAGCCAUUCCUAAAGACAAGGCUAUCCUGGACAUAGAGAGGCCUGACCUGAUGAUGUAUGAGCCCCACUUCCACUACAGUCCCAUGGAGCGCUCAGAACUGCCCUGUAGCCGUGAGAGGUCCAUGUCGCCACGCUCCCUCUCUCCCCCUACCUCUCCCGAGGUAGGAUGGUUGGAUGAAACUGUUUUGUACAAGGAGAGGCUGGAGAACCAGUCACCUGGAGGUUCCUCUCCCGGUUCAACCAUCCAGACUAUUAGAAGCUCCUCCACCAUCCCCUCCUCCACCUCUAAGUCCCCACUCUUGCACUUUCACAGGCCUGGCAACGGUACCAAUCUUUAUAAGAAGCCGCCCAUUUACAAACAAGAUAUCUUAGCCCCUAUCCCCCAGGGAAAGCACAUAGAGGACCUGAUCAUCGAGUCGUCUAAAUUUCCUGCCGCGCAGCCACCUGAUCCCAGCCUGCCCUCAAAGAUAGAGACAGACUACUGGCCCUGCCCCCCCUCUCUGGCUGCAGUUGAGACAGAAUGGAGGAAGAAGGCUGUGUCUCAGAGGAAGGAGGGAGAGAUAAACGAGGAGGAUGAAGAGUACGACGACGGGGACCUGGAGGACUUGUCGCCAGGGUUACGCCUGAUGCAGAUACAGGAGCUGAACAAGAUCCAGUCCAACCUGGGCAAGAUCAUCCUGAAGGAGGAGCUGGAGAAGGCUGUUCCCCUCCGUAGGAAAACCCGCUCUCUGCCCGACAGGACACCCCUGCAUGCGGGACCGAACGGAUCCAGAUCUGUCUACUUUCCAACAACCUCUAGCAGGAUUGGACUCACCAGGCUCCAGUCAGUCGAGUUCUCCCCAUCUGACACUGACCAGGGAGAGACAGGUCUCCAGAACGGAGAGGCACAGAGCACAAGGAUGGACCGAGGGACUUCCUUACCCAGCAUGCUGGAUGAGAAGGUCUACCCCUACGAGAUGCUGAUGGUGACCCACCGAGGCAGGUGCAGACUGCCCCCUGGCGUCGACAGGACCAGGCUGGAGAGGCACCUGUCCUCUGAGGAGUUCCUCAGACUCUUUGAGAUGCCCAUCGAGGAGUUCGACUGCCUCUCCCUCUGGAAGAGGAACGACAUGAAGAAGAAGCUCUCCCUCUUCUAGACUACACACCCCACAAGCCAUCGCACUUCCCGCAACAUCAGACGGAACCCGGAGCGCGACUGUGACCGCCACGGCAACAACAACAACGAUCCUGAAAGAGCGUAGUCAUGGCGAUAGACGAGCACACAGACAAACAAAAAUGGGUCCCUCACAUCAGCGUCCCCCAGCCCUCAUGCUUACCAUGGUCUGUCGCCUUGGUGACAAGCUACAGGUGCACUAACCUGAUGACAAGACCCAGGCUGGGGUCCAGGACAGAAAGGUGUACGUGGUCCGUUCUGAUCAGCCCACACCAUAAAGGUAGACUCGAUGUUGACUGCUUCAGAACCGACCACUGAUACGCCUGCUUGGUUGACAGACGGGUUUGAGCUGAGUUAUAACUUAUAUACAGUAUGAAUCACAGUUCUUAGUCGUUAGAGCACUGCCACAAGGAAAGCCAUAGAAAUAUUCACUUUAGCAAUCUAACAAACCUUAUCAACCCUACAUUAUGUGUACUCAUGAAACAAAUACAGCAGAUCGAGUUGAUGAAGUGACAACUUCAUCUGUGGUUUCGAAUUUGGAGGGGUGUUCUAUCGUCACCAUCGUGUCAUGUGAUCUAUCAUGUCAUGUGAUCUAUCAGCACGCUCCCCCUGAAAGCCAAAGGCUCGUCUGUAUAUUAUAUGCAACAACAAAAAACUCAAAACCACAAUUAUGACCAACAUAGUUCAUUACUGAACAAUUAUAGUCUUAUACUAAAGCUUUGUAUUGCCCACUUAGAUCACUUUAAACCUUCCCUGUGCUCUGAUUGGUUGACUGGUUGCCACGGUGAUGAUUAAGUGCAGUUUUCCUGUUUUAAAGGAGAGAAUAUGGAGGAGUUCCCAUAAAGGUUAGCUUCAAGCUACACUGGAAUAGUACGGAAGAGUUAGUGUCUAUGUAAACGUUGAGCUACAGUGGGAUACACUAUAUGCAUCUAAGCUAGCUAAGUUAGCAUAUAGUCGCUAGUGAGAGCACUAAUUCCCCAGCACUGGCCAGCACUGCCCUGUUUCUACAGAACAACACUUUGUACACUAAUCCCUCCUUUGUCACUUGUAAGGAGGUUUUAGUCUUAUCUGACAUCCGCUGGUGUUGCUUUUGUGACCAAAUUAUGUGCAGCUAUUUUUUAUCUUCCAAGAAAGUGGCAUGUUAUUACAAAUAAUGAAAAAAAAUAUACAAUAAAAAAAGAAUAAUGUAAUUUAUCAUAUUAACACAAGCCUUUCAAAUUAACACAUUAAAUAUCAACCAAGAAGAGGAGUUUGAACUGCACUACCCUGAUGAUGCAUUUUAUCUCUCUGUCUCUCUAUCUCUCUCUCUCUAUCUCUCUCUCUCUCUCUCUCUCUGUCGGUCUCUCGGUCUAUCUCUCUCUCUCUCUCUCUCUCUCUCUCUCUCUCUCUCUCUCUCUCUCUCUCUCUCUCUCUCUGCGUCUCUCUGUCUCUCUCUCCAACUCUGUCAUUCCCAGCUGUGACAUCUCCACCGAGUCAAACAGAUAUGUGUGUGCCCCUGCUUUGGCAGGUCAAUAAAACAGUAUAAAUCUACAAGUACAAUCACGUGACGCACACUCACACGCGCAAGGCUUCCAUAGAUGCUCUCACUGAAUGAGUCUGUAUUGAACUCCGAGUCACAAUCACUGCUUUCUCACCCAGCUUCUCUUCAUGCUUCGCCUGUUAACACGUGCUGAAUAAAAAGGAAACAUGGAGGAAAACAUUUGAAACGUAAUCUUGGCUUUAGAACUGAUUGAUCAAUGGUCAGCUAGGUUUUAUGAAUCUGUACGUCAUUGAAAUACUGAAGAGUUUGUUGUUUUGAUUUAUCAUGUUAUGUAGUUAGAAUAGUCUGAGUUGAUAUGACUAAUAUAUCAUUAUGACAAGAAGAUUGUUUAUUUACAGUUUAUUUUCUUUUGUACUUCUGUGUUUUUCCAUUUUGGUUGAAUUCAUACGAUGAUUUGGUGAACAAUGAGGUGAAUGGCAUACCAAUGAAGAAUUAAGCCCUGAUUUGGGCCAGGUGUGAUCAUCUCUUAAUAAAUCUCAAGGGUGCAAAACAUAAGAAUGCACGCGGGCGUUUGACAUUUGAAUGAAGUUGAAAGGACUGCUAUGAAUGGUAAACGGUGAGAUACAAUAAAAUGAAUUUUUGGUUUGAGGA